AUGAAGGAAGGCUUCCUGCUUGGAGAAGUGAAAGGUGAAGCCAAGAACAGCAUUACUGACUCUCAGAUGGAUGAUGUUGAAGUUGUUUAUACAAUCGAUAUACAAAAACAUAUUCCAUGCUAUCAACUUUUCAGCUUUUAUAACUCUGCGGGUAAACUGAAUGAGCCUGAACUGAAGAAAAUAUUAUCAGGUUGCAAAAAGAAUGUGAUAGGCUGGUACAAAUUCAGACGUAAUACAGACCAGACAAUGACAUUCCGAGAGAGACUUCUUCACAGGAAUUUACAGUCAUACUUAUCAAAUCAGGGUCUUGUCUUUCUGUUACUAACUUCCAGUAUAACUACAGAAAGCUGUUCCACUUACAGACUGGAACAUGCUUUGCAUAGACCACAAGACGGUCUUUUCCAGAAAGUUCCUCUGGUAGUUGCCAACUUGGGUAUGGCAGAACAGCAAGGUUACAGAACUGUGUCUGGCUCCUGUAUUUCUGAUGGCUUUGGCAGAGCAGUAAUAAAACACAGGUCAGAAUUUUUUUAUGAAGAUGGAUCACUAAAAGAGGUUCAUAAGAUUAAUGAAAUGUAUGCCACCUUGCAGGAGGAAUUGAAGAAGAUAUGUUCUAAAGUAGAGGGCAGCGAACGAUCAGUAGAGAAACUUCUAGCAGAAGUGGACCAACUAAAACAAGAAAUAAAAAGAAAAAAGGAGCAGACACAAACUUCAGGAGAGAAGUGUGUUUCAGAUGAACCAAAGGAGAAUGUUUUCCUUUGUCAAGCUUUACAAACGUUUUUCCCAAAUUCUGGACUUCAGACCUGCCUUGUUUCCUUAAAAGGCAGGCAGAUUUCUAAAUACUGCUGUAACACUGACCACAAAAUAAAUGUAAUGGACAAACUGACUCUAAUGCAAGAAGACAGUGACUUUCCUGAAGCUGGAACAAGGCAGAUAACCAAGCGUAAAGCUAGUGUGACCACAGCUGGACGAAAACCAUUCAAGAAAUCACGCUCAUUGCAACUUCACCAUAAGUUACUUAAAGGGGACCAAGACAGAGACCAAGAAGGAAAGCUUUUAAUGAGUGGUACUGAAACAGAUGAGGAAACUUUGGAGAAACUUAAGGACACUAAUGAAUAUCCACAAUCGCCAACUUUUUAAUCGUUUUGGGCCAGGUGUAGGAUUUUCCUCAGGGUGACUACUGCUGCACCAAAAAACUGCUGCCAACACAUUUACUAUGUUCCAUCAAUUGACAGCAGGGCUAAACUAACGUAUUUAAGUAUCAUUUUGUAAAAAAUUUUAAAUGGAAAACAGUUUUUUUUUAAAAUGCAGGUAUCUUAUUUGGAAAAUAUAGAGUCCAGAUUACAUUCCCUCACUCUGCAUUCCCUUUCUCUCAGGGCUCACAGUAGGAAGAAUAGUAGUAGAGUAUAGACAUUGAAAACUGAAGAGCUGCUGCAGCUGUCAGAGUUGGGAUGUACUUUACCUUGCCUUUUUAAGUGAUACUGUGUACUUAUUGCUAAAGGAGACUACUACCACAUUUAGGCUUUGCUCAGCAGCAGCUGACAUAUACAGUGCCAAAGCAGCUUGGUAUCUGGGUCUGCUACGAUGUUAUGUUAACAGCAAAAGUUGCUCUGUCUUACUCUAAUCACUUGCUCUCUUGCAUUCUGACCAUUUAUAUCUUGGGUUUUAUUUGCAAAUGGCUCCUAUGAUGAGCAAGUGUAACUCCAUGUUUUCCCUUACUUCAAACUCAGAAAGGUAUGGAGUAGGGUCCUGCUGCAUUUUAAGAUCAGGUUAUAAUGCAAGGAAAACAGCACACAAGUGUUUUGAGAAGUUUUCCACAGGUUUUAAAUUUUCUCUAUUGCAAACAUGGAGAACUUUCUCUCCUUAUGAGUGCUCAAUUCUGUUUGUUAUAGUGUGUAAUAUCUCAACUUCUUUCU